UUAACAGCGAUUUCUUUAAAUUCCAUAUUUUUAAAAUACUUUAAAUAUUUGUGAAUGGAUUAAAAUGCACUUAAAUAUCUUCGCUCUAUAAAGGAUGAAUCAGCAGCCAGUUUUACUUACAUGCGGACGUUGAUUAAGUAAUAGUUUUGAUAGUUUUAACAAGUUCUAGUAAAACACAUUGCAAUUCGUAGGUAAAACGAUACAUUAUUCUUUUACAUCUACUUAUAUGUAAAUACUGAAAUAUAUAAAUAUUUUAUUAUCUGAAUUUUUAAACUUUUGUUAAAUUGUAAAAAUUUUUCACAUUUUGAAAUUAAAAAAUUUUAUUUUUCUUGUGACGUACAAAAAUUAAAGAAAAAGAUGCCAAUUCAUUUUUCCAUAAAUAUUUCUUUAAUCAAAAUAAAAAUAAAUUCCUCAAAUAAAUUAGAUUUAAUAAUUCUUUAUAAACGGCACAUAAAUAAUCAAUCGCAUACAUUUGUUAUGAACAUGUAUACUUUAUACUUACACAUACAUUUUUUUCGAUUAUAUGAAUUGAAUUAAUUCUGAAUCUAGAACAAACUAGGAUCUAGAUUCAUUGUGCUGUUAGAUGAAUAGCUUCAUGAUUAAUGUCGUGCUUUCGAUUCUAAUGAAAUAUAUCAUAACCCCUCGAAAAUUCAAUUCGACCUAUUAAACUGCAUAUUAGAAUACGAAAAGGAGUCUACUAUUUUCGAGGUUUACAUUACGAGCUUAUUCAAUUCAUUCAGGUGGGAGUUUAGCCAGCCUAUUUGUCGCGUUGAAUGAUUACGACAUGGACGUGGUGUCAAGAUCAAGAUAGAGUGUGCAAUAGUGAGCUCGAUGCCGUUUUGCAUCUGAAAUGAGCUCGGGAAGUGAUAACAAUGUCACACCGGAUAAUCUAACAUGUCACCAGUUCAUUCGCGCCCUUUCAAGAUCCUUUGGAUAACGCUGCAGGUAUCCCCCAGAUAUAGACUUUCCUUUGGCAAUUUUAUUUUCUUUAUUUCAUUACAGAAUAAACUUUUAUAAGAUUCAUUAAUUAUUUUAUUAUAAAGAGUAGAUUUGUAGACAUAAGCACUUGUUCUAUAAUUUUAUUUAUCAAUCUUGACGUCGUCGCAAGAUAUAUACUCAAAUGGUACUGGCGCUAAUUGGCCCUCAACCCGGAAGCGCCUCCCCCUAUUUACAUCCCUACAUAUCGGAGUUUCGAUAUGUUCCUCAGUAUCAUCCAUCGAGGAAUCCUGACUGCGCAUCGCAAUGGCUCAGACAUGAAUUUAACAAUGAACGAUUCGGAUAUGAGGAUAGUCGUUUCUCGUUCCAAGAGCCACUUGUCGAUCAUCCGUGGAUCGAAAUUAAAGCUGUCUUGGUUCGUUGUUCACAAAUGCGGAAAGAAAAGUAGGCAAACGUAAUUUACACUUUUGGAUUUAGAAUAAUUUCAAGUAAUUGAUUAAUAUUUUUGAUUAUCCUACCGAUAGCGGACAAACGUUGCGUAUGCAAUCGAUACGACAUUGUAAAAAAAAAGUGAUUAUUAGCAUGAAGAUUAAUAAUGUCGGAAAGACAAACACUCGGGAAGAAUUUGUAUUAGUAGAUCACGUGCUGGAUCCGAUAAAAAUGCGUAAAAUCCGAUUGCAUAAUCCAUACGUCAUAAAAAUCCGUCAAGAGCCUCUACUGCAUCUAUAUGGCAUGAGAUUUCAAGGCGUAAGUAUAUUUGUAUGUGUUUGUGUGUUUAGUAUGUAUGAUAAUCUUUAUAACUAAUGUAUGACAAUCUUAACUAAUCAAAAAUGAAAUAAUGAUAUACGUAAUUAAUUCUCUAUAAAAAUUUCUUGGACACAUUACCAGUUAAAUUUAUCAACGAUUUGUUGCUUGAGGUCGACAAAAUAGUUUCCAUUAACGUAAUUUCGAUUAUCUACGUUUGAUACAAAAAUAUGUAUUAACCGAUGAUAAAUUCGCGAAGUUUUAAUUAUUCGCAUGCUCGUAUAAUAGAAAGAAAAUGUUUUUACUAUAUGUCGGUCGCUUUGAAUAAGGUUGUCAACGCGGAGGCAAGAGAAGAAGUUAUUAAUAAUCGUCAAGCAAACUUUACCGGAUGUAACGAUGGUCUAGACAACCCAACUUGCGGUCAAAUGUUAGUUAAUGGAGAGCCAAUACUAUUUAGUCAAGUAAGAGUAAUAUAAAAAGACAAAUAUAUUCAGGAUCAGAUAUAAAAAUACUUAUCUGUGAAAAGCACUUAUAUUAAUAAUUAACAAAAGACAAUUUCAAAAACAUUAAGAGAAUAUCGCCAAUAAGAGCCAACAUUACAUGUACUUAUGCAAAUCUUUAUUGUAAAUAAAAUUCUCAUGCUGCAAUGUAAACGCAAUUAAAUUAAUAAAGAUUUGCAUAAGUACACCCAGUGCUGGCUCUUAUUGGCGAUAUUCUCUCAACGCUUAUAUUAAUUUUUUGAAAAUAAAAGUAUAAUAAAUUUCUAAGUUACAAAAUUAGGAAUAUGAAUUUACGCGAAAGUUUUAUUUGCUUUUUCCCAAUAAAAAGUGAAAGAUAAAUGAUUACUUAUAUAUCUAGAGAAAUUUAAAAAGUGCAAUUAGAAGAAGAUAUAUAUUUCUCCAGAACAAAGAAAUAAAAAUAACGAAAAAUAAAUUAAAUAAAAAAAUAACAAUUUAAUUUGAUCAAUUUUAAUAAUAUCGUUUUUAAACAUUUUUCAUGUGCAUGUCAAAUAAGGCUUAUUAUGGCAGCGCUCGCUGUGGUGUUUACGGUGCUGUAACGUACAUGUCUAAAAAGACACCUUCAAAAUAUCUCUACAUAUUACGAUACAAUAGCAAUGUAACAUUUAAAUUAUUUUCUAUUGUUUUUCUAUGUUACGCAUUACUACUUACAUCUUACCGAUCCUGUCGCACUCAAAAAUUUCAUUAUUAUAAUUCUUUUACAAUUCUUCAUUAUGAUCGUAAACUAUCCUAAAAGAAAAAAAAUAACCUCGAGAUGUUAUCUCGUUUAUACGACAGUAUUUGGCCAAACUCCCCGACAAUGGCGAGCCAUUUAAUUAAACUUUAGGCAAGUUAUGUCCCAGCAGUAAGAGCCGCGCGUAACAAGACAACGGAUCGCUUUCAGGGUUUCUGCUGUUCUUGCGAGGACGCGCAGCGUGCCGAAAGUUUCCGCUCGGUCGCCGCCAAGUCAAACUAUCGCCAGCAGGACGACGGUGCAAAUAGAGCUCGCAACAGGUCCGUGUCGAGCGCGAAUUUAUUUGACAAUUCGGAGGCACAGCGCCAGCUCAAAACGAGCGGGGCGCGAGGACAAGUAACGACAGGCCGCAAUACUUCCGCCGUUAAUGGCCCACUUGGCGAGCAAGCGUCUACUCUUCGAAAACAACAAGAGGAGGAACGGCUUAAAAACAAUUCGGGCCGAAAGCGUACUCGGCCACUCGAUGGAUUUUUCUGGACGGAAAAAGGGAAUCGCGGGAAUCCCCUGCCGUCCGUACCGAAGAACUUCGAUCCGUCGCCGAGUAAGGGCAAGAUCGAGGCUUACAUCGACGCCGUGUACGAGCAAGCCAUGAAGAGGAGAGCCAUGAGCCAAGCCAUAAAGCACGAAAGCGACAAGAGAAAUAAGGAUUUAUUGGAGGAAAACGAUUUAUCGGCGGGAAGCCUCGGCGAUUCGAAGAACGGAUUUCGAGAAACGAGGAUCAGCGUUGGCCAAACUUCGAUCUACAAACCGGUUAUGGAUAAUCUUCAAAGUACGAGAACAAAAUCCGUGAAUAUAGAUGAUUAUGAUUUCAGAAAGUUACAAUCUCGGGAAUUCGGUCCGCGAGCGCACGAUGGCCAAUCGCUGACGAUUCGAGGAUUAGUCGCGGAUGAUUCUCGAAAUCCAACUGCGAGGGUAAGCACGAUAGGUGAGCGGGAUUUUGUGAAAAUGCGGGACGGCGAGGAGGAGUCUAGUCGAGAGGUUUCCGUGCUGGGGAAAUGCGGCGGGUCGGUGAAUUUUUCAGAAAGUAGAAAUCGCGAGGAAAUAGCGAGGGAUCGAUCUCGUGGCGUAGCUCAUCCAGAAAAUACCUUCGAUUACACACCGGCAGCAGCAGCAGCAUUCCCAGCAAUACACUCGUCGCGAAUUCCCGAAGAGAGUCAAUUUUCGAGGCGGACGGAGAAGAAUGCGUUCCGAAGCGAUGGAGUUAACGCAUUGCUUGAUAACGUAAGCUCUCCUAGGGCCAUUGAAUUUUUUACUCGCUCCGGAAUUUCGUCCAGGAACAAUACCGACAAGGAUAUCAAUUGCGAUACUGCAUCGUCAACGAUAAAAUCGAGCAGUUUCGAGGAAUUCGCGCUAUUAUCGAAAAUUGUGAUGCCGGAAGUGCCCUCGUCGAUGGGAGGUAAAGGGAGGCCGUGUGGAUUUGGGGCAUCGGAGGAUAUCCCGGGUAACGUUAACGCGUUGAGAAACGUCUCGGCCGUGAGAAAGAACUUAAGUGCAGCCGUGGAGAUUCGAGAUGGUAGUACGGGCGAGGGGGGGAGAAAAACGGGAAAUGCUAAUGUAUCGACGCGAAUCUCGACCGCUCCCGCUCUUACAAGAUUACAAAAUCUCACCUCCGCCGUUGGAAUCACGCGGCCGGAGGAAUUAUCCGCGCCCGGCGCUCGUCCCGGAGAUAAAUCAUCGACGAAAAUCCCGGAAUCAAAAACCCGCGGCUCGUUAGCGGCGAACGAGACACGCCGGGGAUUUCCCGGCGACCUCGCUGGGGAUUUGGGGAGCAAGGGGCGAGAAUCGCGCCGCGGCUCGCCCGAGCGGGAGCCGAAAGACAUGAACUUGAAAAACAGCUACAAAUUCUGGAAGACCCGGCGGAAGUUACCGAAGUCGAAGGACGCCGAGAAGUUUCGCGGGGACAAGGACGUCGGGGGGAAGUUGAAGCGCUUCGGGAAGCUGAGUCGUGGAUUGACGCGGAAGCGCGCGUCGCCGGACUUUAAACGCGACAGUCUCCCAAACGGAUUUUCGGGGCGCGAGGGACGCUUUCGAAGACAUCUCCAGAUCGGAAGGGAAGUUUUUAAUAUCGCGGACGGUCACGAAAGGGGCAACAGUCUGACGGAUGAGGAGCCGCAGCAAGCGCGAGCUCUCGUAGAUCGCUACGCUCGGCCUGAGGCUCAUUCCAAGCGAAAGACGUCAAAUAUGGCGGGAGACAAAAAUAGUCCGAAGAAACAAGUGAUUUUGGACUCCGCUCGUUCUCACAGAAAAGUCCAGCCCGAAGAGAAUGAUAAUCCGUUCUAUCUCAACAACGAAGAUGGCAAAAAGAACAGCGUCGAUAAGCGGAUCGAGGACAAGUUCGCGCGCAUAAGCAACGUCCUGAAGGAAGAUUCUACGGAGACGGGAAUUAUUCAAGAAACUCCGGGGAAUUUCAAAGUAGUUACGAACAGCGAAGUUGCAAAAGCCGAUAUCCCUAAAAUUCAGGAUGAGCUGAAAGACAAUUUGUUUUCGCGAGAAAACGGCAAAUCGGACGAGACGUUUGCGAUUCAUGGCGAUGAAGUUGCGCGUAAGCGGCCUGCUGAAAUAAUGGAUUUGCGAUCGUCUGCGAAUGAAAACUCUUUCGUGACCACGAAGCCUACAAACGAGGAAGUCACCACGAUUAUGUUAUUAACUACGCGGAAGGAUUCCCUCGAUCGUAAAAAUUUCACUUUUCACAAAUCCGCCAUCGGUUGUUUUCGAUCAUCACCAGUUAUGAAGAAGCUUGAUUACAACGUCUCGAAGGAAAUGAAUCGCAAUGAGUCAAAAAAUCCAAUUUACGCAACCGAAUUCGCAGCGAGGCAGACGGAAGUUAUCACGCGGAAACUUCCGUCGAACAGCAAGAAUGCCCACGGCUACGUCACCGAUGAUCCUCUCGAAACAUUGUCCGGCCGUUCGGCGAGUAGUUCCAAGGAACCGACAUCUCCCGAAGCACCGGACAAUCGAAGCGAGCGAGAUGAAACGAAGAACGCGAGGUUCCUCGAACUUAAUAACAACUCUUCGCGGAUGAUUGCCGGCAAUUCCGUGGAGCCUGAAGGACCGCCGAUCGACCCCGGGCUCUCAUCACGCAGUAGCGGUUCGGUUACCGAACCCGGUGAGGUUUCGUUGAGCAACGAGGAGGCAGAAAUAGAUUCUCGUUACACCGGGGAUCCGCGUCUGGAAAAUUCGGACGGUCUUUCAGACAAGUCUCGAGAGAGAGAGGAAAUUGGCGAGCUGGUGGACCGAAUCGUGAGACAGUACGUGGCGUACACGCCCGUGAUGCCGGGUAUGCCGACCUUCGACGAGAUCACGGAGGCGGAAACCUUGCCGCUCGAAGAGGAGACGACCGUCACUCAGUUCACGACGACCUUGGCGACCACCACUAGGAUCACGGACGUGAAUUUCCGACCGACGAUACGUUCACCGGGAACGACGCCGCUUCCAGCGGGAGAGAUGCACGACGAGAUCUCACUGGACGAGACCAAUCUCGCGGACGAGAUCGAAGCAACGACGGCCAGUCCCGAAACCACUAUCUCUAAACCGAGAUUUCGAAUGGGGAAACCUAGAACGUACAGCUCGUCGGAAGCGGAAGCACGGGAAGUAUCGAACAAAACUGAAAAACCCGGGAAAAAACAGAAAAUUUACGCUCGCGUUACGGGCAUGAAAAGGACAGACGCGGGAGAGGAGGUUGACGAUCAUCCUUGGUACCGUACUACGGAAGUGCAGCAGGUAAUCGCAGCGAAUCGAUCCAAGCCUGUUCAGAAAACUAAGAGAGAAAGGAAGAAGCACAAGUCGGAGACGAAUUAUUUUCAGAACACUUCCUCGGUUUGGACUUCAUCAACGACGGCCACCGCCGGCGUCGCGCGGACGAGGGGCAAGAGAUCGGACUUUAUCCGCGCGGCAGGCAAUCGCGACCCCCCGGUCUUCCACGACUACUGCGAGCGGGAAGAAGAUGAAGAGGCCCGGCGAAGUGGAAGACCGAGUUUGAAUAAAAACGAAAAGUCUCCGAAUAUAACAGAGGCGACUGAAUUACGUUCCAGAAUUGAAAAAAGAUUAGCCGGCGAAUUGGAUUAUCCUGCGAGCCGAGGAUUCUCCCCACACAGUUGCUGCGCAAAUCGAGAUCAGGCACAAAAGAUCAAUGCCGCCCUUCAGGAUAUUGUAUCACGUAAUGCCGAGGUUCAAGAUAAUCCCGAUUCGAACGUGCAAGAGAAAGAACGAGAUGUGCAGGGUAAUCUGCAGAGCUUCAGCCCUUUAAAUCUGGAAGACAGCGCGGUUCGUAAAUUUCUGGACGAGGACAUUUCCUCGCGGAAUCGCGAGGCUGCCUCGGCGCCGUUUGCUGCUUCGCCGUCGGCAAAGAUUCCAUCGUCGCACACGGACGUUUCCGGAUCGGUGCGCGAAAGUUUGGAGAUGGAUCGAAGAUCGGAGAAGCGGAUGGCGUACGGCGAGCGUACGAUCGCCGAGAUCGACAGGAUCGCGACGGUGCGAAGAGUCGCGGUGAACGUGUCGCGCGGGAAAUCGUCCGCGGGCGAGACAUCACCGGCUCGCGCAAGAAGUCCCGGGCGCCGGGACGAAACGGAUGAAACUGUCAUUCGCGGCGUGAAAUUGAUGAUGCCGGGCGAUAAGGGCGAGACGCGCGGGCCCGACGUCGCGGCUAAGAGUGCCGAUAAAAAGAUCUCGCCGCCGUUUCCGGCGCCUCCCGCGCGACAGCGGGGACGCGGGGACGCGGCGAGGAAGAUUAAUGAAAAUCCCGCGGAUCGUCGUCGCGUUUCCGUCGCUGGCAAGCAAUACCCCCGACGUCCUCGAGGCAAGGUAUACGACAAGGUGUACGACACCGUCCGCAAAAUAAUCAAUAAGAUCAAGGGGAAGUCAUCGUCGCCGGUGUCGGACGAGGCGGAUACCGAGAUGGGCGGCCGCGUGAGAAGCGAGAAACGUGUCGAUCGAUCGUCGGAUUGGCAUCGAUCGGGUAGACGACUGUUGUCGAGUCGAGGAGGAUCCGGCCACAUCGAGAGUCCCGACGACGAAUAUUACGCGAGCGAUGAAAGCGAGACGGACCGGGAAAAUGACUCGGGCGAUAAUGAAGCUAUUGCCAGCGGGGAUGAUUUAUCGUACCUCGAGAAUUCGUCUGGUCGACGUGAAGAUCGAGAUCCGCGGAAAUUGGUGGCCGAGACAGAUCGAUUGACAGACGGGAGCGUUGAUGUUGCGCGAAUUGUGAUGCCGGAGGAAAAAACUGUUGCUGCAGCGAUGCUCUCAGAUGAUAUGGCGAAUGGCGAGGAAACAAUUUCAAGUAGCAAUUACAGGAAAAUCGAAGAGAAAAUUAAAAAUACAGACUCUCAAGAUAUCAGUGUACUCGAAACGACUGAUCUUACAAACUUCAACGACGAUAAGAUGUUAAAAGAUUCUCUCGAAACUGAAGAAAAAUCUAUUACUCAAAGCAUUGUCGAUAAUGACGCUUCUCUACAGGAAAGAAGUUUCGAUAAUUCUGAAAAUAUUGUAAGAAAUCCUCGAUACUACGUGGAAGUUAACGAGCAGCCGCUUUCAUUCCCCGAGAAAAUUAACGGAAAUAAUUUACAAGAUGAAUCUCUUUACGGAACUCAGCUGACACACGACAAUACGGGUGAAAUUAUAAAUUUCGCUGCUAUGAAUAACCCGAAGCUAUUAAGCGCUGAAAGAAUGGUAUCGAAUAUCGAUUUAUCACGAAGCUCGACAACGCCGAAAAGCGAAGAGGGCAUCAAAAUUUCGUUAAUUGGCAGAAUUCAGGUGCACGGCAAUUUCAAUCAAACGCCGAUGCUAAUAAGCAUCGAUGCUAUUCCCGACGAGUUUUCAGCGACGCAGUCUUCGGUUCCCGCUGAAUUGUUGAACACUAUUAAGGCGAUUGAAGCUACUACCAUUAAUCUCCCUCUGAAUGAUUCAAACGUGGAUUCUACCUUUGAUGUUCUAUCCAUAAGCGAACGUGCAAAUGACGAAGCAAGCGAUUCACUAAAUACGGUACUGGAUGAAAGUCGGGAAGUCGGAAGGAUGAACGAAGUCACAACGAAGUCUUGCGAGAAGUUUGUCGAUCCGAUGCGAAGAAGUGGGGGGGAAGGAAAGACGACGAAAAAAAAUCUUUCCCGAAUCAAGAAACGAUUGGACAGAUACAACACGAACUCGAAGUCGGCCAAGCAGGUUUUUUUAACAGAUUACUCGAUCGUACCGAACAGCAAAGGGGACAGAACAAAGGAUGUCGAAAGGAUGAUUUUCGAGCGAACCGACGGGACAAUCGACAAGCUAGACACUCGUACCUCCGCGAGUCCGGUGUAUUUUCCGGAUAUCUUAGGAUCCGUUUUGAUCAACAACGACAGUCUAAAAGAUCAGCAUGCAAUUAAAGAACCCGAAAUCGACAUUCCUCCUCCGAUCGAAACGAAUCGAUUCGACUCGAUCGAGAUUCAUCCGUCGAAUGCUACUCUUCAUAUCGUACCGUUGGUGCACAUCAAUAUCGAGAAGCCGAGCGUCGAUCUUACGAACGAAAGUGGGAAAACGACCGAAACGACGUGUUGCCCGCGUGAAAACCCACGGAACGCUACUUCCGGCGGUUGUUACAGGAUGCCCGCGACCGUUUGGAAACUCGAAACUACUGGGACGACUUCGCACGAGUUACAAACUUCGAGUAAUUAUCGGGACGGUGAUCCCACGGAAACUCUUCCUAGAUUCUACGAGACGACUGUAAACGACCGGGAUGCGGUGACCGUGAGCUCCUUAUCGUCAACGCGACUGCAGAACGUUCCUGAACGCACGACGUACGAGACGCGUUCCACCUCAACACCGCCCAGCAAGUGUAACGACGAGUCGGUUAAUGUGAUUCGCGUGAGAAACAUGAUGGCCAUCGUGAGAUUCCUGUUAAAACUGCUGGGAGUCAUCGCGGAAGGCGAGGAGCCUCCUUGUCCUGGAACUCGAAUCGGCGAGACGAUGAUCCACGUGAAGAACGUGAUUAUUAAUGCGUCGAGUCACGUAGGACGGCACAAAAGUAUUACUAAUACCGACGAUAGAGGGACGGCGAUAAAAUCAGGCGGGACGGGGCAGGAUCUUACGACCACCGCAACUGAGUGGCGAUCGACAAUCACGGAAAGGAUACGCGAGAAAUCGUCGCCUCCGGGCGCUUUUGAGUCCUUUACCGAAGCCCCGUCCUAUCCGGCAACGUCCACCUUGGCAACCUCUUUCGAUGAAGUGGCCAAGGACGAAGGGCCGGCCACGUUCUUUGAGACCGCCACGGGAAGGGAAGUAUACGCCACCUCCACCUCAUCGAGCACGACUUCUUCCGCGACGCCCAAGUCCUUUCUAUUUUACGAGCCCGCACGAAAGUCGCCUCGCAAAGGCGCCUCUCGGAAAAAUAUCAGUCCCGAUCUAACGGGUGUAAAACGAAAUUCGAGCGUUGCCUUUAAGGGUUCAGAGGGCGAGGAGUCGGGUGAAAGGAAAUUUCGAUUGGAUAACAGCCAAACGCCGCGCUCGUCUUCGUGGGUGCAGGAUCGAAACUCCGUCGGUCGACUUCGGUACGGUAAACAAGGAAUCGCCGCCGCGACAAACGCCGCGGACAAGAUCGGAGCUUCCCGGGAGAAAUAUUUGGCGAUGGGUGAUACCGUCGAUUUUCGGCGCUCGCAAUCGACGGGUGUCGCUAACGGCGCCGUCAGGCCGACACUUCCGCGUGACGUCGCUCCGCGAAAUGCUCCGUUCGAAGGAAUCGAUGCCGGGAGAGGGAACAGGCCGGAGCGCGCGGCGAAGCCGUCGAGGAGGGUCAGGAGGACCGGGGUAUCAGAUCGGCGGGCCGAAACGAGAACGAAAUUGCUUAACCGUUCCGCGAGAGGUGGUCCACCGGGAGAUUGGAUCGGGGAACAUUGGUCGGCGGCCACGCGUCGGCGACUGCCGAUCGAUAAGAAACUGCGGGAAUCGCGCGGCAAAGUGCCGGGCGGAAAUGCAACGCCGGGAAAAGUCGUAUUUCGGCGCGUCCGCGGCAAGAUUAACCGACCUCCUGACCCAAAUCUCGUUAGCGGUGGAAGUGAUUCGUUCAAGAUCGAAAAUAACGUCGGCGGAAGUGGCCCUCUGGCAAAACUUUCGACCAAUGAUGCUUUAUUCGCGAUAGGCGGAGGAUUAAGUUCGUUAGAGAGCGAAGACACCACGGGAAGCGCGAUUCGAUAUUCGUCAAGUGUCUCAUUAAUGAGCGAUAAUGUUGCCACUUCUGGAAUCGACAAAGAAGUCGCCGAUGAACGUAAAAGUAUUCCGAACAAGAAACGAGAUGUCAGCGAACGUCGCGGUUUAUGGGAAGGUAAUGGCGUACCGAGGAAAAGACAGAAAGCUUCGGGCCCGGCGAAGAGCGAGACAAAGCGGCGGAGGAAAAAGAAGAGGAAGAAAGGCGGUCAGCAGACGAAAGAUACUCCGGAGACCGAAAACCAACGGCGUUUCAAGAGACGCUUAUUAAUGACGUCUCUCGAGUCGGAGUAUGACGCCGACGACGUCCCGGCAAGAUUUUCGAGACGCCACGUCGCCACAGCGGGAAGAAACGCUGAGGAACGUCGCUUUCGUACAUUCGCGAGAAGCAACGCGAGGGGACGGCGGCGCGAACGGGGGGACGGAAGUCGGAUGGAGGUCGAUGGAACGGAAGCCGAUCCCGGUACGGCGCAAAUCCGCGGUGGUCAAGACUGCACGGAUCGCCGACGCCCGCCGAAUAUCGAUGCGGCCAAAUAUCUCGAGUCCGCGCAUUGUUUGCGCUUUAGUGAUUUAUGGUAUUCCGUGUACCAAUUGGAGGAUCCUAUUGUCGAGCACGUGGUGUAUCUUCAGGUUUACGAAAAACGCGCCUUAGCGAACGGAUCGACUUACUGGGAAGAUCUUACCAGAGAUUCCGUAGUCAGAUUGGGCACGUUCAACAGGCACCAUAGAGACAGCCAAGAUACGAUCGCUUUCGCCUACAAGGAAGUGAAAAUGUUAGAACGGGGGAUGAACGAGAUGCCUAAUUUGAAUGUCGUUCGUGAUCGUCUUUUGGUACCAUCGUCGGUGACAUCAAAGAACUCCGAAUAUUCUGCUGAAGGGUCUCGAAAAUUACUUGUACGAGCCUGAAAGUACGUGUCUGUCCUCAGACAGUGUAUAUAAGAAUCUGAAG